ACUUGUGGAUCUACGCGUGACACACUGAACCCACCUGUGGUGAGUUUGCAGCCCUGCUGUCACUUCCAGCCAGCGUCACGGGCGAGUAACGCGCGCGCGCGCGUGUGUAGGCAUGUCGGAAUGGACGCGGACAGUAACAGUUAGGUACGCAGGGUGUCGACAGGUAACCAGCGUUCACUGAAGAAAAAGGGGGCUACACCUUUACCGCGAUCUGCCGCCGCCUUCUUCCCGAGUGUACCCGCUCCUCCUGUCCUCACCACCGGACUUCACUUCGGUGUUCACCUCGGCAGGAGACAUGUCGGAGGAAAAAGCGGAUAUUCCCAACGAGCUGCUCGAGAGCGUGCGGGAGGCGGUGGGUCGGAGGGUGAAGCUGACCCUGAGGCGCAAAGUCCAGCUGGAGGUCAAAGGUGACAAGGUGGAGAACAGAGUGCUGGCCUUAGCAUCACAUCGAGCCUAUCUGCUGACAGCACGCAUCCCUUCCAAGGUUGAACACUCCUUCAGCUACUUGGAUAUACAGGGAAUCAGCAGCAACAAGCCCACUCAGUUGGUGUUGGAGUAUGAGCGCGGCCCGUGGAGCCUCCGGCUGGGCUCGGUGGAGGAAGUGGACGAGGUGAUCGCUCACAUUGGCAGCUGUCUGCACCGGAUCUGCCCCGCCGGCUCACCUGUAAAGGUGAUGAGGAAGCUGAGUCUGAAGCCUGCAGAGAGGACGGCGGCCCUCCAGGCCAUCUGGGACGAGCAGGGCUCGGCUGAUCUGGGACCCUGCGGCGGUUUUUCUCAUCAGUACUGGUGUGUGUGUGAUUACCUGGGUCUGCCGUACAGAGAGGAGGUCCAAUGGGAUGUGGACACCAUCUAUCUGACCCAGGACACCAGAGAGCUCAACCUGCAGGACUUCAUCCACCUGGAGAACAGGGAUCUGGUGGCGAUCAUCGCGGCUCUAGAGCACAACCAGUGGUUCACUAAACUCUCCGCUAAAGACUACAAACUGUCGACAGAUGUGUGCGACCAGAUCCUCAGAGUGGUGGCUCGAUCCAGCCGGCUGGAGGAGCUGGUGCUGGACAACGCUGGACUGAGAAGUGAUUUUGCUCAGAAGCUGGCCGGCGCUCUGUCACACAACCCGGCCUCCACGCUACACACACUCAACUUGAGCAACAACUCACUGGAGGACAAAGGUGUUUCUGCUCUGAGUGCUCAACUCGCCAAGCUGCCCAUGGGUCUAAAGCACCUGAACCUCUCCAGGACCUCCAUGUCUCCUAAAGGCGUGAACAGCCUCUGUCAGGCUCUCUGUGCCAACCCGGCCGUCUCCUCUGCCCUCACACACCUCGACCUAUCAGGAAACUCGCUCAGAGGUGACGACCUGCAGCACCUGCACAGCUUCCUGAGUCACUCAAACUGUCUGGAGACUCUGGAUCUGUCCAACAGUGACUGCUCGCUGGAGCAGGUGUGUACAUCUCUGCUCAGAGGAUCUUUGAAACAUCUUUCUGUCCUCAACAUGUCAAAAACAGUCUUCUCUCACAGGAAGUGUAAAGAAAUCCCUUCGUCCUUCAAGCAGUUCUUCAGCUGCGCUCAGGCUCUGAGCUCCGUGAGUCUGUCAGGAACCAGACUCCCGCUGGAGGCCCUGAAAGCACUGCUGCUGGGACUCGGCUGCAACCCAAACCUCAGUGACGUGUCUCUGGAUCUCAGCUCCUGUGAGCUGCGUUCAGGAGGCUCCCAGAUUCUGGAGGGUUGCGUCGCUGAGAUUCCCAACAUCUCCAGUCUGGACAUUUCUGACAACGGUCUGGACAUGGAUCUGACCACCCUGCUGGUCUGGCUGGCCAAGAACCGCUCAAUCAGACACCUUUCCCUCGGCAAAAACUUCAAUAACAUCAAGUCCAAGAAUGUGGCUCCAGUCCUGGACAACCUGGUUCACAUGAUCCAAGAGGAGGAAUCACCGCUGACCUCGCUGUCCCUCGCUGACUCCAAGCUGAAGGCCGAUCUCUCCAUAGUCCUCAACGCUCUGGGCAGCAACUCCUCUCUGACCAAACUGGACAUCAGUGGAAAUGCCAUGGGAGACAUGGGGGCCAAGAUGCUGGCCAAAGCCCUGCAGAUCAACACCAAACUCAGGACGGUAGUGUGGGACAGAAACAACAUCAGUCCUCAGGGUCUGCAGGACAUCGCUGCUGCUUUGGAGAAGAACUACACCAUUCGUUUCAUGCCUGUUCCCAUCAUGGAUGCUGCUCAGGCACUGAAGGCGAGCCCCGAGAAGACAGAAGACGCUUUACUAAAGAUGGAGCAGUACCUGCUGAGGAACCAUGAGACUCGUAAAUACCUCCAGGAGCAGGCGUACCGGCUGCAGCAGGGAAUAGUCACCACCACCACGCAACAGAUGGUGGACAUGAUGUGUGUGAAGGUGCAGGACCACCUGAACUCUCUGAGGUUCACAGAGACCAGCCUGGUCCAGGAGGACAUGAAGGUGGCAGAGAACUUCAUGAAAGAUGCCAGGAACUCCAAGACACUGCUCCCCAACCUGUAUCACCUGAGGGGUGGGGGGUCCAGGGGUGCGUGUGUGGGAGCCAUUCAGGACAAGCUGGAGUCGAUGGCUGGCGAGGUGGCCAGAGUGAUGGACGAGCAGCUGCAGACAAUGCUGGUGUCCAUGGUGGAUGCUGCCGAGAGUCUGUGUCCUCAUGUGAUGAAGAAGAGCAGCCUUCGCCAAGAGCUGCUGAAGGCCGGAGCAGGGAGGAUGACCGUGCCUCGCAGCUUCAUCACCGCCACCCUGCUGGAGCAGUCCGGGGUCGACAUCAUCAACAAGAUCAGUGAAGUGAAGCUGAGCAUGGCGUCGUUUCUGUCUGACCGCAUCGUGGAUGAAAUCCUGGAGUCUCUGUCCAGAUCGCAGCACACUCUGGCCGACCAUCUGAUCGGGAAGACUCAGCCUCUGCUGCGUCAGGAGCCUCAGAUGGAAACUGAGGUUCUGGACGAGGUGGUCCUGCAACCAGAGAACCACAACCAGGAGCAGAAUCAAAGCCAUGACCGGGACCAGAAACAUGGGCUGGAGGAUAUGGACACCUGCAUGAUGACUGCUAAAUCCAAGAGGAAGAGUAUUCUGGUCCGGAUGCUGCGCCCCGUCUCCGUGGCGUUCGAGAUGGAGUUUGACCUGGACAAGGCUCUGGAGGAGGUUCCUAUCCAUGUUGAGGACCCACCUCUGCUUCCUCCUCCUCCACCGCAGCCAUCGGACGGAACGUCGGCCUACUGUGGAGACCUCCCCCCUCCCCCGACCCCACUGGGUGUGAAGUCUGUCUGUCUGGGCGAGCUGCCGCCCGUGGAGCACAAGACUUUGGAGCAUCGCACCAAAUUCCGGCCAAAACCCAAGAAGAGGACCAAACCCAGCCGACCGCCUCGAGACACCACCCGCAGCUUGGCACCACAAGAGGCAGAGCAGAACAGCAUCAUGGGAAAGCUGGACGAGGGUCUGGAGGACUUCUUCUCCAAAAGAGUCAUUAAACUCAGCUUCAAACUUCCCACUGCGAGAGGUCCGUCCUCCAGCACGCAGGAACCAGCAGAUAAGAAACGUGAUUCCAGGAAGAGUGGUUUCUUUAACCUUAUCAAAUCCCGGACGUCACGCUCAGAGAAAAGCCACGGAGCCGCCUCCAUCACUCCACCAAACCCUGCCUCCUCCACCACUGCUUCACCAUCUUCCUCUGUUAGUCCAGUGACUGAAGAAACAACGCAGACAAGCCCCACUCCGUCCAUUAAAAACCCCGCCCCUGUGGCAGAGCCCCAUCAGGAGCUCCACAAGGCUCAAUCCUUGGAUCACACAGAUUCUGAGGUGGAGGCUCCUCCACCCACUGCUGAGCCUGCCGAGGAUGAGAAGGAAGAGGAGAACAUGGAGAAGAAGGAGAACCCCCUCAUUCCCCGCCACAUCGGUGUUCCUGUGAUGGGCAUGGACCUGCUGGCUGAGAUGAAGGCCAGACAGGAGAGAAUGGCUGUGAGGAAGUCUGAGUCCCCGUCCAUGCUGGACAAGGUGGACGGCGACAGAGCCAAGUCGGACGUCCAUCCCGUCGUCCCAGCAGACGCCGAUGAGUCCAGACCAGAGCCGGCUCCCCGCUCAAAACCACCCAGCGUCAAUCCCAAACCGCCCCCACCCCAGGCCACCAAACCCCCGCUGGGGCCCCGCACCUCUGGGCCUCUCAGUCCCGCCAGUCCAAGCAGCCCCAGGCCGAGCAGCACCUUCGUCAUUGACGACUCUGCUGAGGCUCCUGCUGGAAACUCAUCUGCCAAAGGACCACUUCCUGCCCCUCGCCUGAAGAGGGCGCCAUCAGAGCAGGAGAGAGAGAGCACCAGCAGCAACCCUGCAGGACCCCUGUCUCCACAGGACGUUGAGUUUCCAGCAGACGGCGAUGCGUUCGAGCCACCCGGCGCUGCGGUCGAACCCGGCGCCGGCGGACGGCAGUGGUCGUCUCUGAAGAGUUCAGCCAGUCCUGCCGCUGCGAGGGAGGACGACCGAGAGCGAGCCAAGUCGCUCCCCGCCUACGUGAGUCCUCCGUCUCUGGCAGAUUCAGAUCUCAGUCCAGCUGAGGAGGAGAUCGCUGAUCUCCAGUCUGACAACAAAUCGGAGGACGAGUCCGCCGACGCUCCUUCAGUCUGAUACCGACGAGAUGUCAACAGUCUCUGCUCGACCGUCCUCGACACCAGAGGACCUGGAAGGAGGUCAACCACACACCCAGUGAAGCAGAAACAGCGGACCACGAUUUAUCUUCUUCUUCUUUACAUGUCCUGGUGAGGGGACACGCCAGAGUAUUUCCCACGUGUCCUGCUGUUAUCAGUGGAGUGUCCUGACCUCGGAUCAGUCCCAGCUGUCAAAUGGACGCCAACCGGCUCCAUUACCGUCUCUGUCAACAGCUCUAAUAGGACCAUAAAGAGCCGACCAGAUGGGCUUAUCUGGUGCAGAGACAAUCAGUCGUUGUGCCGAUAAGCUUAGUUAGUCCAAAGCACUGAGGAGUCUGACUGUCUGAGAGGUCCAGACUGAAGCCGUUUGCUUUUACUGUAUUUCUGUCCUGUAGCCGGUAAGUCAGGGACCUGCAGCAGCAGGUCAUCGACCGAUAAGAGUCUAAAAAUGAACACGUUUUUAAUCCUGCAAACACUGAAACUUGAAAUCAGACUAAACCAAAACUCAGAGCAGCUCGUAACAAAUGUCCUGCAAAGACAGAGGAAAGUGUCCAAAACCAAAGAGGCGACGCUCUCGCUGCUGCUGCCACUUCAAAUAUAUCUGGAAUAGAUCUGUUUCAUAUGUCUAAAGCUCAAAGUGACAUAAAGACUCAAACUGAAACUAUUUUUGAUGCUAAACUGAUUAGUUAAGAGCUGCUGAAGGUUUUAUUCCAUCUCAAGACAGAUUGAUGAUGAGGAAUCUCUCUCAGUUAAUUCUGCAAAGUUCGUUGGAAUCAUUGGAAUUAGAAUGAGGGUGUUUGUCCCCUUUUCACUUGUUUUAAUAGAAUCAGAUUCAAGGACUCAACAAUAGAAAUAUAACUGCGGUAUAUUUUUAUGUCGUAGAGUCGAAGCAGCAGAAUAAAAGUUCUUGGUUGAGUUAAUGUCGUGUUUACGUCACAUUAGAGCGAAUGAGGUUCACUGUCUCUGACUGUAAAUAACUUGUUCAUGUCAACAUCUAAAUCCACCGACGACAGGAAACAUUUCUGAAAGGUCUCAUAUUUCAAAGUUGGCCGAUAACAGAGACGCCUCACGUCCGCAAACGUCCGUCCUUCUGUCCUCUGAAUGGAUGUGAUGCUGUUGUGUCGAUGCGCUUUCAAUGCGAGUGGAAAACAUUGCAGUCUUUCCACAUCUGCCGUGUCCCUGAACGCAGCAGAAACCUCAGUGGGUGGAAACAGAAAGAGGGCGUUUCCCCUGUGGCUCCACCCACUGACCUUUAACUCGACCAAUGAAAUGUUUUCUGCCAAACGCUGAAACCUGCAGUCAAGCAGAAGACAUCCGGACAGAUGAACACCUGUAUCCUCUGCUGUCACAGGUCAGAAUGUCCCUGUGAGAUGAUCAGUUAUUAUAAAAACAUGUGAUUGGUAUUGAUCAUGUGGCUCAGCUGUCGACUCUGCUGCUGUAUCCUCAGCACACGGCUCCUAACAUACCGAAUCCUGUUCACUUACUGAUGUGUUAUGUAAAUGUGUACAUAUGUACUAACAUUCCUGAGUUUACGCUUGUGUUUAUAAAAUAAAUGGGGUUUAUAUCAGUAAAAUAUUGUAUAAUGAGCAGAAAAUAUGAAACGUGCUGUUGAAUCUGCAUUAUUUUCCAUUUAAGAUGCACGGUGGUGGUUUUCAUUUCACAGGGAAGUAUUUUUGUCAUUUCUUUUUAAGAAUCAGCUUUUUAAAACGUAAGUUAAAGAGUGUUUUAUUGUUCAUGUGCCAGUGGACCCACGCGCCUGGAAAUGUGAUGUUUCUGUAUUUGUAUGUUUAUACCAAUAAAUCCUGUUUUAUGGUUCA